CCAAAAAAACGCCUUUUCCUUAAAUAUUAAAUACAUAUUCUGCUUAGUUAUCAGUGAAUUUAAAAUAAAAAGAUAAUGUAUUUAAUGCUCCAACUCUAAUUUCUUUACAAAAACCAUUUCCAAAAGUUCCAAAAGAAUGCAAUUUUUCAAAUACAUCUCUAUAUUAAAGCAUUAAAGCUAUAGAAAGAGGAUCUUUAUAUUCUGGAAUUACUUAAAGUAUUUUAAAACCAUCUAAAAUAGCUUCAGUAUUGGCUAAAGGAUUUAAAAAAAGACAAGAAAAUAAUUAAAAAAGCUAUUGUUUUUCUUCUUCUGCCACUGAAGGUUUCCCUACAAUAAAGUUUUUAAGAAAAAACAUUGUAUAAAUGAUAAAAUCUUCAUCUAUUUAUGUGCAUUUUUAGAAAAAACUUUCCGAAGAAAUUUCCUUUAAAAUUCCUUACUGAAUCAAUCUAAGUUUAUUUUCAAAAUUUUCGGAAAUAAAGUUACCAAAAAGACGCAAAAUUUCACUUAAGAUUUGUGUAUUGAUAUUUUAAAAGAAUAUUUGGGAAAUUUCACUGAUUAAUUCUUCUUCCUCUUAUGUUUUAUUAUAUAGUUCAACUAUUUCUUUUUAGCAAUAUAUAUUUCCAAUUAUUAUUAUAAUUUCCUUUAAUGUUUGAUUUUCGUUUUAAUUGUUGUUAUUUUUAAUUUCUUAUAAAAUUUUACUCAAUAUAUUUAAUAAGUUAAUGUACUGAUGUUCUUCUUGUUUUUAUAUUUAGAUUUUAUCUUGAAUUAUGUAUGUUAUUUGAAUUCGAAGUUAUUUUAGCUUUUAUUAAAUGACUAAUUAAGGGCUUUUCAUUGAAUCAAAAAGCUACUGAAUAUAUAAAGAUAUUGGAAUUUAUUUUUCUUCUUAGAUUUAUUGCAUUCCAUAUAGGUUCAUACGCUUCUUGUUUAUUUGACGGCUUAUGGUUUUUUUACGAAUUUCUUAACGAUGUUGAUCUUUUGCGUUAUUUAUUUUACUU